GCCCCCAAUCCCCUUCUGCCCCGAGCCGUGCAGCGAGCGACAGCGAAAGGAACACUCCCCACGCGCACGAACCCUAGCCGCCGCUCUCCUCUCCCGCGACCCCCAACCACCACCGCUCCUCUCUCCUCUGCCUCGACUCCCAACCAUCCAACCCAAACUCCGGCGGCCUCCUCUCCCUCCAGCACCGCCGCUCCAGCCUCACCUUCCUUCCUCUCCAAAGGAAGGGAAGGGAAGUGAAGGGGAGGGGAGGCUCCAGAUCGAGCGGAGCCGACCAAAUCGGGCUCCUGCAGAAGAGCUCGCCUCCUCCCUCACAAAAGCGGCGACCGAGAGAGAGGGCAAGGGCGCGAACGAGAAGGGAAGGGAUGGAAUGGGAGAAGGGAAGGGUGCGAACCAGGGCAGUGGAGGCGCAGGGCGCGAACGAGAGGAUUAGGUUGAGCAUACCGCCGACGACAUCGUUUCAAGCUCAAGAUGGUCUACAGAUACGUGCAACAAUUGAGGUUUCAUGUGCAAGGAAGCAAAGAAGAUGUGAGACCGUUUUUUUUUUGGAAUAGAAGAAUCAAAGGAUACACCGACAAAGUCAGUCUGAACUUCGAUUAAAUAUGAUAUGCGUGUUUACAAAUCUUUCCUUCAUGAAUAUUUUGGGGUUUCAUGUGCAAGGAAGCAAAGAAGAUGUGAGACCAUUUUUUUUUGGAAUAGAAGAAUCAAAGGAUACACCGACAAAGUCAGUCUGAACUUCGAUUAAAUAUGAUAUGCGUGUUUACAAAUCUUUCCUUCAUGAAUAUUUUGAAACCUUCAGAUUAUGCUAUUACUGUGGGAUUUUUUAGUGUCCUGGAAAAGGCAUACAUGCUGAUAUGUGUUUUCUGGCAGAGCAGUCUUCAACAUUGACGGUUACCAUUUUUAUUUUUUAUCUCAGCUCGUGAGAUUUCUCUACUGUCCUGACACAAAUUUACUCUGUAUGAUGAAUCCAAGGCCCGGUAUAAGGAUUUCCUGAUUUAUUAUUUGCCGCAUCUGGUGUUUCUCAUCUUAACAUGAAUUUGAAGUGUCACCUUUUGCAUCCAAGUAAUACUAUUGGUUCACAUUGAUCCUAUCUACCAUGUACCAACUCACUCACUUUUCUAAAUACUGAUAUGGAAUUAACCUUUAGUUACAACCCUAUUUGGUUUUGAGUUACAAAAUGUCCUUUUUUAAGACUUUUCUUCUUAACACGUUGCGUUAACAGCUCAUCCACUGAGGAUUUUGAAAUAUGAUAGUACUCUUCCUCUGUUUUCUUUAUCUUUUAUUUACAAGUUAGUUCUAUUGUGAGGAGAAGCUUUGGAAGUGGUUAAUCAGUUCACUAAGAUAAUUUGAGGUCGACGAGCAGAUUGAUUGCUCAUAUAUCCACCUUAAGAUGGCCACAACGUAUUUCAGAUUUUAGCACAUUAGCUGCCAUCGUUUUGUGAUUUCAGAAAUAUAUUUCAUGUGCUGGAUGGCCUCACUCUUUUAUUGGGUUGUUUUCAGUUAAAGGUUAGAAGACAUGCCAAAUAAUGCAUACUUCUCAAUCAAAUGAACAGACAUGCUAUCCGCCGAGCUUCAAGACUGAAGGGAUAGAUAACCACAACUUCUAAUGACCUAUACCAGCGAUUGAUUGUAGCAUACUGGAUUCCUAAUGCUGACAGGAAUAGCCGCCAUGGCGAUAUUUACAGGCUGUGCACUGAGAUCGAAUAGUCUACAUCAUGCCUCUGAAAAAAAAUUGUGUGCUGGACUGAACACACUUGGGAUUUCUGUUUCCUGUAACAUUUUAUUUGGGGAGUUUGUGACUUCUAGACCUGAAUGGUUGUGCAUGGACCAGAAUAUGAAUGAAGGAUACUUUAGUAACAUUUAUGUAGAGAUCCGCAGCGGCACCGGCACCAGCGCGCCGUCGUCCACCUGGUCCUCGAGGAAGGCCAUGGAUGGGGGCAGAACCCUAGCCCCACACCCAUCCAUCACGGCGGUGGCCUUCUCUCGGUGGGGUGGGGAGCGAAGUUUUCUGAUGUGGUGGCCCUCGACGCCUGCGACGGGCUACAACACCUUGGCUUCAAAGGAGAACCAGGAGGGAGUGCAAUAUCCUUAUUAGUUAUACUCAGGGAUGCAAAAUCUUCACCUGAUGAUUCCACCCCUUUUUACAUGACACUAGCUGCUGCACAACCAAAAGUGUCUCGCAGAUGCUCUUUAUGACACCAACUGACAGAUUAAUGAGUGCACUCAUAGAGAACAUAACAAGGUAUUUUAGGAAGUGCUUGGACCAGGUUCAAAUUUUUGAUAGUCCUCGGCACGCUUUUUUACAGUGUUGGUUUCAAGUUUUUUUCGACGCAGCUAGACUUUCUGAAAUAAUGCCUUGAACUACACAUGUUCUAUACAAAGCUUGUUUAGUUCUCUAAAAGCUGCACAUGUUACAUACAGUUUGCGAGAACAUGUGCAGAUUUGUGAGAACUAAAAAAACUUUUUCCAGAACAUAUCCAUUGAUAGUAAGAUUGUUUGUCAUAAUGAAAGGAGACAAUGCGUUUGAUAUAGCUUGUCAUGACAUAAUGAAACAAUAGUGUUUAUUUGGUCACCAGCAAGAUGAUGAUGUGAAGAAUGACUAUUUGCGUCUUUCAGAGUUUCUACCAUCAAAUAGUUUCCCAUAACAGAAUAUUUGCUAAUAUUGGUAGCUAACAAUUGAGAUACUUAUGCUUGUUGAUGCCUUCCCUUUUUGUAGUAACAUCCAUGUGUCCAGCAUAUGUAGAAUAUUAGAAUUUUAUUGGCUGUUUAUUGUAGUUCGUUCUCAGGGUUUGGAAAAUUCUUUAGCUAUAUUCCUUGUCUCAAGCGAGCAUGAGCAAUAUCUUCUUUAUGACGCAUGCCGCCAAGUUUCUCUAUUUUAGAUGGUUGUGUCUUUCCGCUUCUAAAAAAGGAUAUAUAUAUUAUUAAUCUGACUAUAAUUUGUGGUAGGUACAUAUUGAAGGAUGUUCUGAGGCUAGCACCUGGUUUAGAAGUUUUGCAAUUCACAACAAUACCUCAUAAUUUUGAUUUGAUGUCCAGAAUGUCAAUUGAAGAAUGAGCCUACAAACUACAUUGUAGUUUGUAAUAUAUCCUUAUAUAUGGUGCUUGUGUGUUUUUUUCAAUUAUAAGUUUGCAUUUAUGGGCAUUACAAAGUCCCCCUUUCUUUUUCCACAAGGGGCAGUAGCUGUGCCAUUCGAUUCGAAGGACAAAGAGUUGAUCACAAUGGGGUAGCAUUCAGGAUAUAUACACAAGAGUAUAGAACCAAAUUAUAUGAUGUAAUUGACCACUAUUUCUAUUAACUUUUCUUGUACACAAUGUU